CGGAAAGGAACCUGCAUCGCCGCAUGACAGUUCAACUACCGGUGGUGGUGUGCCAGCAGAUUUCCCUACAACGGAUCCAAAGGGUUACAUGCCAAGCUCAUCUGACCAGCUGGGAUUUGAAAAGAUUAGACAAACUACUUUGUCAUCCUUGGAAGUUCAAGUAUCAAGCUUGACAAAGGUAAAAUCUUUGGAGGGCAAAUUGGAGAAGACAGGGGCUAUACUUGAGGAAAAGGACUGCAGGAUCGCUGAACGUGAAGCCACAAUAAGCAUUAGCAAGUCUCCAAAAGAAGAAUCCAGUAGGAACAUAGGGUUACAGGAAGAAAAAUAUAGAGAGAUAGAGACUGAGCUUGAGGGUCUCUUCAAGCAAAAGAUUGAAGCUGAGGUUAAGUACCUAGCAUUGAUGGGGACAAUACAGAUAAUGAAGGCUGCUUUGGCUGAUCAAUUCUCAGAAGAACAAAAUGCUCUGGCUGAGGGGCAAGCGCUGGUUGUGAACAAAAAUGGAGACGUAGAAAGCAAGGCCAGGAUGCUUAAAAAACAAGCAGAGGAUUUAGAGAAGUGUUGUGAAGAUAUAAUAGGGACUGGAGAGGUGUUGAAUAUGCAGAGAAGGGCAUGUAAGCUGACAUUGGGUGUGUGAAUAUAUUAUUGCUUGUUAUGUUGUUCUGGCCUUUCGUCUUGCAGUUAUUGCCCCCACCUAGAUCGGCAGUACCAACCUGAGUCUGAGAACAGUAGAUCCUUUUUUGUGCAAUGUCAAAGUAUCUAGGCAAAUACUU